AUGGCGGCCGCGGCAGGAGCGUCGUCGUACAACAUUGGACCCAUCGGCUCCUUCAUAGGAUGGGCCUUCCUUCCUAACUUAGUAACUGGCUGGGUCCAGUCCUUCCUCUACCGCCUCUUCACCCGUGCUGGUGACCCUAUGCCACAACCUGGUAGCCCGCGCUACAUGCGAGAUCGCAAAUACAUAUACUGCUUUGUCAUUGCAACGUAUUUGGCUUUUACCAUUUAUGAAUGCUGGACAGGCAUCGUAGGUCAUCCAACGUUUUACGAAAUGUUGGGUGUACCAGCAAAUGCGGAUGAGAAGUUGAUUAAGAGAGGAUUUCGGAAGGCAACGGUAAAAUAUCAUCCAGACAAGGCCGGGCCGGGCGCGGAGCACAUCUUCGUACAAUACAAAAUCGCAUAUGACGUUCUACUGGAUCCAGUUAAGAGAUUUGCGUAUGAGAGAUUGGGCCCUGCGAUGACACUUCCAGAUUGGGCUCUAUGCAAAACUCGGUACGACUUUGUUGCACAUGCUGCAUGGGCUAAGCUGCCGAAUUAUACCGGUAGUUUCAUUGUGCUUGUGGUUCUCGGGGUACUGGGUGUACUGGAGUUCGGGAAAUAUUGGCGGUUCUUAUCCCUAGCGUGCAUGUUUUUUUUCGACUACGCCUCAGUAACACGGCCAUAUUUUCUGGUGUCUACUCGGAUUAUUUACUUCUUCACUCAGCGAACUCUUCUGCCCUUUGAACAGGUUGCACUGGCACAACAAAUUCUGCUAUCGGCUAUCAUUGGGAUAUCUCAGCUGGCACCGUUGUUCCAGGAAAGGAGGAUGAAGUGGUCGGAGACUACGUAUUCGGAUCAUUUGGACAGAUUAAUGGCACAGGCGGCAGCCAUCAAAAACGAAGCUAAGGCUGCUGCUGAUAUGGAGAUUGCGCCGUUUGUUCGACAAGAUGGAAGCAUUGACAGGAAUCUAAAAAUGCAGAUGGCGGACUGGCUGGUGGAACGAAGAAUAGAGUCCGAACCCGAAAUGAGGGACGCUCUUGGGAGAGUACUAGCGAAGAGAAGGCAAGAUAGACCUGCCGGCUCCAAAUAA